AUGCAACUCCGCGCUCUUACUGUUUGCUUUGCUAUGACUGCGUCAGCGCUUCCGUUGGCGUCUGUCAAAUCCUAUGUAGUAAAUGCGGAUGUUGUGAAAAGUAUCGAUGGGAGCUUGACUUCUAUCGUUAUUGCCCGGCGUGUUGAUGAAGGCGAUAUACCUAUCGGUAUCGCUAAACGUGGAAGCCAGGCAGAUGCUUCUAUCGAUAUUGCCCGGCGUGGUGAUAUGAGCGACCCGUCUAUUGAUAUCGCUAAACGCGGAAGCGAGGUAGAUGCUUCUAUCGACAUUGCCCGGCGUGGUGAUAUGAGCGACCCGUCUAUUGAUAUCGCUAAACGCGGAAGCGAGGCAGAUGCUUCUAUCGACAUUGCCUGGCGUGGUGAUAUGAGCGACCCGUCUAUUGAUAUCGCUAAACGCGGAAGCGAGGCAGAUGCUUCUAUCGACAUUGCUCGGCGUGCCGAACAGACUAAGCCCUCCGUUGAUAUCGCGUGA